CUCGCCGCCGACAUCGACCUCAAAUUACAUUGUACCAAUCGAAUCGCAAACCAAAAAACAACACCGACUUCAUACACACAAGGAACCUAAUCGCCAACAGCCCAAAACCCACACAUACCACCACACAAACCCCCAUCAAUCUCUCAAAAUCUCAAAAAAGAAGAAACGAUAAAAUGCCCUCCGUCAAAAACCCCAACGGCCCCUCCAAGAACCGCCUCGCCGCAGCGCGCGCCUCAGCCCGCAAGACAUCAGCCAAGCAGCUCUCGCGCAAGACGCGGGAAGCCCAGCACAAGAUCAGUAAAGCGGACGCGUCGCGCGGCGCGCGCACAGGGCUCUUGCCGACGAGCGGGCCGAACAAGGCGCUCAGCGCGAAGAAGGCGAGGAAGCUGGAGCGCAAGAUGGGGUAUGCUCUGAAGCGGAAGAUGGAGGCCGAGGGGGAGGUCGAGAUGAAAGAUGUUGCAGAGACGAAGGACCAGAAGAAAGGGAAGCAGGGAACGGCUACCGAGGACGAUAUGGCUGUCGACACGGACAAUAUCUCAUGAGCGGGUGUAACGGAAAAAAAAAAGGAAAAUGAGAGAGAUAUAACAUGCACUAGCACGGAGAGGAAAGUGGCAUUGAUCAGCUCUAAGGUCACGAACCUAACGAUUUUUCCGCCGGGCACGCGAUUUAUUACAUGGUCGCUGUGUUAGGAUCGUUCUAUGGUCAAGAGCAGCCGAAGGUUAUCAUGUCUGCCGCUUCAGGGUUCUCAUGGCUGUAUAUCAAGCGAGCCUAAUGAGGUCAAUAUCCGACCAUACGAUCACGACUACCGUCGCAUGAGGCGUUGUUGAUCGGUGGCUCGUCAGGUCAGGCGUGUUCUGUGGACAAAUCCAAAGUUAUGAGAAGACGGGUCCUGCCUAUACCAGCACCGUCUGGGGUCAUGAAGAAGACCAAUCUAGCGUCUUUCAGAUAGGUAGUUGGAAUCUGUAUGUUGACAUCAAUGUAUUGACCAAAACCGGUCUUCGCAGACACCCUAUAUAAUACA